AUGGAUUUGGAUGAAACAAGCGACAAUGGAAUUUCUCUCGGCUUCCCCGAAGUGGGCACCUGGAAUCGCACACAUAAUGUGCCGCUGGAGAACAUGAAAAUCGAUGCUCCUAUGAUAUGGCUGAUCUGCUCGCUGCUGACGACCAUCAUGUGGGUGACCUACAACAACUUUUACAACUCUCGUGUCAUCGGCAUGCUGAUCACAAAGAUCGCGAAUCGCUGGUUCAUAAAGGGCGCCUACUUCAAGAUUGGAUCGGUGGCGAUAAAUCCGCUGGCUGGCAAGAUCAUGUUCAGAGACUUUGUCUACAUCACGUAUGACUAUACGAUGCGCGUGCAGGAUGGCUACUUCAUAUUCCGCUGGUGGCGUUCCUAUGUGCCCAAAGAUGUCUCCGAGGAUCUCUCCCAUUCGGAUACGCGUUUGUCUGUGCAGCUGAAUGUGUACGAACUGCACAUCUACAAUCGCUCCGAUCUGUACGAUAAGUUGGAGAAGACGUUCGGCUUAGAGCCUUCGCUGCUGAUACCCACGGAUACGGUGAGCACUGAGGAGCGCAAUAAGCUCAAGGAGCAUCACAUGAAUCUGGAGAACGCCAAGCAGAGCAAGCGCGUGAAUAGCGUUAAGAACUCGGAGGCCAUGCAGGCCACCACCUGGCGAGAUUUGAUACCUGUAAUCAAGAUCGACAUCAGCUCGGGUCGCUUCGUCUUCGGCAAUCGCUUAACACCGACUACGCUGUCCAUAUCCAUGGAGGAGGCGCACUGCACGUACAGCACCAAGCCCGCGGUUUGCCCGCUCGAUCACUUUAUGCACUUUGUCAAGGCGAAGGUGGAGAAUGCCAAGAUCUUAUUCUGUCCCAGUCCGAAAUAUACGGGCCUGAUAGACGAGCCACCGCGCUAUAUGGGCGAGGGAUUUGUGGUCAUGAUGUCCAAUCAGAUGGACUUGUACUUCUAUAUGGAUGAGCCCGGCGUCGUGCCAGAGGAGCCGGUCCAGAUUCUCUUGGCCAACGGUGAUGAGUCGGAGCCAUCGCCGCCCGUCUGGGGCAUCAAUGCGCAUUGCCUAAAGGGCACGGACUUCAGCUACGGCCCCUGGGCAGACAGACAGCGCGAUCACCUCUACAAAUACUUCUAUCCAUCCGAUUGGAAGGAGGCGGAGGUGACACCUACUCCGCAGCCAGGGGAACUGCGCACCUAUCAGUCGUUCGAUGUGACGCUCUGUGUGCUGAACGAAGCCACGAUCGACAUACUCUUCUCCAAGGAGAAGGAGACGAAUGCCAUGCACAUAACCGUGGGGCCCGCCUCCUACGUGGAGGUGACCAUACCCUGGGUGACCCUAGCCGAUGGCUAUACGUCCAAGAUUCAAGGCCAGCUGUUCCAUGUGGAGGCCACCACCUCGCUGCAAUAUCGCAGCCUGGCAGAGUUCGAGUCGCUGGAGUACAAAGUGCGCAUCCAUUAUCCAAGAAAAUGGAAUGCGCCGCAGGACUGGAACAUCUCGCUGGCUGGCUGCAAGACAACGGCAUUUAUUGUGUAUAAACACAAAUGCUUCUUCCAGGAUCUCAUCGAGGACUGGGCGAACAAAGCGAGACCCGACAUACUCAGCUUUGUGCCCUACACGUGCAAUUUCAAUAUACGCCUGAACGAAUUCGAGAUCCUGAUGCUGUGCAACGAAUACAACUGGAUCGAUUGCAGCAGUGCGAACCAGGAGAACAAUCAUCUGGCCUUCUGUGGCGACGUCUUUGAGAUGAGCUUUGCGCUGCCCUUCGACGAUUUCCUACCCAAGACUGUCACGCUCAAGUUCUGGAUACACGGCGAAGGUCUCGACUUGAGUUUGUAUGUGCCGGAGGUGUCUUCGGUGCGACCCAUUGUCCUAGCCAUAGAUGAGAAUGCAAGACUGUUAACACGCGAGGGCAAGCUGAUCAGGCGCCCCGAGCUCUAUACGAAGAAAUGGCGUAAGAUUUGCCAGCGCAGCGCCGGCUGGAUCGACUGCUGGGCGGUGCCCAUAUUGGCGCUGUCCAUCCAGUAUGUGUAUCAUCCGGUGCCGCCGCUGGGGCCUGAUCCCCAGGCGGACAUCACCACGCCCGAAAAGGAGGAGAUUCUGCUCAGUCCGAUGCGGAUACCGAAAGUACGAAAAUCUCCAGUGAGCAACAGUUGGCAGCAGGCGCAGCAAGCAGCCGAGCAGCAGCAGAAUAAGUUCGAUCCGGGCACACUGACGGCGGAUCAGGUCACGGUGGAGCUGGAGAUUGGCAGCUCGGUGCUGAUGGCCUAUGGCAAUGUGCUGAGAAAUUUCAUCAGCCUGAAGGAGAACAUAUUUGGCGAGGAUCAGAACUUCACGGACAUGGAGCAAUCGAAUGUGAACAAGGAGCCAGGUGUUGCUCCGAAUCCGAAAGAUCAACUGCUGGCCAAGGAAAAGGAGCUGGCCAACAAGUCCAUAUCAGAGACAGCGCCACCCGAGGAGAAGCGCAAACCCUUCGAUCCACGGCUCUAUCGCCCGCUGGAGGUCAUGGUCUCGGUCAUAGUGCACGACAUUCAGGCGCACGUGAUGAAGAACUGCAAUCCGGAUGAUCCGCCCUGCCCGGUGGUGCUGAUCGAACGUUUCGGCUUCGAGAUGGACAAACGCUAUCAUGAGACAACGCUGCAAGUUUUGGUUAGCCCCUCGUAUCUGCUCACGGCCGACACGCUGCAGCGACAGCAGCGCGAGCAGCACAUUCAGCAGGGCCACCUGCUGCUCUCAGCUGUCCAGGUGCGAGGCCAUGCGAUGUUCAGCAAUGAGGGCUGUGCCUUGGACGAGGAUACGCUGGAGUAUUCGUGGCUGGUGGAAGUGCAGCUGGGCAAGCUGACGGGCAAGCUGACCCUGCCGCAGCUGGUGAAUGUCGUCACUGGCCUGGAGACGCUGGUGCUGCUCGCCAUCGAUCCCGAGAACUGUCUGAAGUCGCCGAAAACCGUGCGCAAUUGCCAUCACGGUGUGCCCAGCAAUCUGUGCCCGCACACCAAGGAGGAGAACAAGUACAAAUGCCCAUCCUCGGAGGACAUUAAGUACAAGAUGACGCGCGUCUCGGUUGACGCCGUGGACGUUUAUCUCAUCGAGAGCGGCACGGCCUUGCAUGCGUGGAUCUCGCCCAUACGACUGGCCAACUGCAAUUUGCAUGGCCAGCGCGUCAAGUCCGGCAUCUCGGGUCUGCUGCCCUCUAUUCUGCUGCGUCUGUUCAUGCUGCACGCGGGGAAUGCGCCCAAUAGCAGCUACAAUACGAAUACCACGGGCAGCAAUCGGUCGGGCAAGCUGCGACGCGCUGAUCAGGACUCGCUCAAGUCGCAGGAUGUCUAUGGCACGCACAAGCCCACCAGCAAGCGCAGCUCCAACUCGUUCUCGCAACGUCGCGAUUCGCGCGAAGACUCGGCGCGCAGCAAACUGCGCGAGAGCGUGGAUGCACAUGCGACCAAGCGCACGCCGCUAACGUCGGAGCUCUGCGAGAACUGGGUGGAGGUGGGCUGCACCUCGCUGGGUCCCAUACUGCUCGAAGGCGCCUCCGCGCUGCCCAUACCCGAUCACGAACUGCAUCUCGUGCAGCACAACUUUCUGCGUGAGCACGACGCCAAGUUUAAGCGGCUGUGGUUCCUCUGGGCAAACAAUGGCAGUGCUCUCAGCUCUGGGUCGGAGACCUCGCGCUGUGGCUGCAUUGGCGGCUGCGCCUUCUUCGGCAGCAACCGCAACGGCCAAAAGUUCUUCAAGCCCACGGCUCAAGAUGUGCAUGACAAUUACAAUAUAGCGCGCUAUUUCAUCAUCAACAAUGGCAAAGAUUUUGGCUUUGGCGAGAGCAUUUUGCAUCAGGGCCAGCUCGUCUUCCACACGCCGCCCUAUAGUCUCCACUGCGUAUCGCUCUAUGACGCGGCCGACUUCAAUGGCAAGGGCAAGCUGUAUAGGCCGGCGAGUGAGCUGCGCAAUGGCAGCUUGAAGAAGUCGGAGCUUGGCUCUCUGCCCGAUGGCACUAAAUUCAAAAUUGGCGCCGGCUCUGUGGAGAAGCCAGAGCUCAACAGCAAUCGACAUAAGAGUCGCGAGAGCAUUGGCUCACCGAAUACGCUGGAGCGACGCAGCAAGCGUUAUACUUGCACGAGGCAGACCUCUGUGGAGGUGCCAUACGCUCGCCUGCUGGACAGCCCGUCCAAGAAGCUGCAGCUGCAGCACGAGUCCAUCGAGCGGGAGAUAAUCAACACAAGCUGCCAGCAGCCAAGACGCGGCUCCGAUUCGCACCGACUGCGCGUAUCGCCGCCCAAGACAAGCAUCUCCGACUCAAGACUGACCGGCGAAGCGGCUCUGGAUGACGAGCAGGAGAUUCCCGAUGAGAUGUCCCACUCGGCGCCUCACUCGCAUCCGUUGGAAUUUGAGAUCGCGGACAUUGUGCUGCAUGGCGGAGAUCAGUUGCCACGUGAAGUGCAGCGCACCAUAUCGCUAACCUCCGAGAAUCCCUCAGAGAUGUUCUUCUCCGCCGAGGAAGACAUAUCGAAUGUUAUGUCUCAGCGUGGCUCGAUGAAGCAGCGCAGUGGCACUGGCUCCAUCAUUUUGUCGGGCAGAAAACGUUUCUCCUCUGACUUCAGCAUUGGCGCUCAGAAUGAGAACGGCAGCCACACUCUGCCGACCUAUCGCAGCGAUCUGGAAAUUCAUCCAUCGGAGAGCAACAAAUCGCUGCCCAAGCGACCACAGAGCACAACAGAACUGGCUGACUCGCGCGGCUCGUCGUCGGGCACGCCCUCGCUCUCAUCGAACUCGUUCAUAUCGGCCAUGUCGUCGCAGGAGGAUGUGGCGCUGGUCAAUCUGCAUCAGCAGGUCAAUCGACCCAUCAUCGAUUCGCCACUGCUGAUGGCCAGCUAUUUGAAUCACUUGUCGCAGGUGAAGUGCUUCAAUUGGAACGGCUGCUCAUUUCCGCUCGGACCGGAUGUCUUCUCCACGCCGCUCUUCCACGAGAACGAAGACGGCGGCCUCACCUACAUUGGCAGCAAAAUGUUGCCGCAUUUCGAUCUGUACUCGUGCUGGCGUGAAAUUAAGGUGGUGCCACGCUAUGAGAACUCCACCGGCAGCAACAGCUCGGCCACAUUUAUGGGUGGUCCGAAAUCCCAUCCCUGGGAUCCCAGUGUCCUGCUGAAGGAGGAGGAAUCGGACAAGACCACAAAUGGCUUCGAUGAUGGCGAAUUCAUGAGCCUUCAAUCGGAAGGCGGUGCGGCCUGCACCUCGGUUGUGGCUAGAUUGAAGGGGCAGCUCAAUAUAUUCCUUACGCCCCUCCUGCUAGAGGGACUACAAAGAAUGGUUGAGGCUGCCGUACCGACAAUUCAGUCAAUGCAUCUGCUUUCUGUUGUAAACUUCAUUCAUGCCUCGUGCAUAGCCAAAGUGAAGAACGACAAUAUACUAAAGCGAGAUCAGAGUCUGAGCUACUGGUCGCAGGUACAUUCGAAUUCCAAGCGUUCGACAACCGAACGACACUUACAGGGUCCGGGCGACUCAUUCCUGAGCGACGUCUAUGAGGAGAGCAUCUCGACAAAGACUCAGGGAUUGAUUGUCCUGCCUAAGGUGAGCAUCACAAUGCUCCAGUCGUCUAUUGUGGAGGAGAUUAUCUCAGUGGCAGCGCUCGACAAUGUGCAGGAUCUCAGUUGCGUCUCACUGCUUACGUUCUAUAUGGAGGGCAUCUCGACCAAAUUUCAUUUGGGUAAAACCACACGAGCCUCCAUGCACAAUGUCUAUAUACAGCAGGCUGUGCAGUCGGGCAGCAGCCAUAAGAAAGGCGGCAUUAUGAAGGGCACCCGAGCGUUGCUCGCACAUCUCUCGUCUCAAACGAGACCUGACAAUGUGCAAGGCGAGCCGAUACUGAUUGAGACGUCGGAGAAGCAGCUGGAGGAGCUGGUUAUUACACUCGAUAUUGGGCGAGCGCACGCGCAGCUGCGUCGGCUGAAGACCGAGGGACAGUCGUGUGCCCCAGAGACGCCCAUCAUUGUGACGGCCAUACCGGAGCACAAGAGCAAGGUGCUCUUCGAGUGCCUGAAGAUGCCCGAGAGCACAGGCAUUGAGAGCAUUGGCUACAUCAUGUUCGAGUGUGGCUUGGAAGGAGUGGGCGUGAAGAUUGUAAAGCGUUCGCAUUUCGAGAAGUCGGAGAACAGCAAGGAGGAGCUAGCUGAGAUGGCUGGCGCUGCAGAGGGCGUUGCCUCGGCAGGAGGUGGCUUCAAUCUAACAGAACUGGUUGUGGGAUCCAGUGCUGAAGCUGCACCUGCCUCAGCAGAUGCAAGUGGCGCUACCUCAAAAGCCGAGGCAGCUUGGCGUUUAAUAACCAAAAAGCCGCCGACACCCAAAACACCCAAGGAGAAAUUCCCGCAUGCUUUGGAUGCUACUACUGCCAGUGAAACCGGUGCAGAGCAGGCACGCAAAGCGACGCCCAAACAGGCAGCCGAUGAGGAUGUGGAGAAGGGAGGAGCGGGCAGCGCACAGCCGCAAGGCACUCAAAAGCCAAGCGGAAAUGCUGGGAAUGCAGUAAAGGAUGGCUACGACAAGGCGCUCUCGAAUCUUAAAGGCACCGACAAGACUUCGUCCUGUGUGAUAGAGCUAAAGUCCGUGUGGUUUAACUUUGCGGCGCCUCCUUGUGUGCCAAUCACACGAAAAAUCGAUUUGACGCGCUUGGAUUGGAAUCUGCUGAGCACUGCCUCGCCGGCCAUAACGGCAUGGAUGAAUCCCAGCAACCGUCUAGCCAUGAAAAUCGUGUCCCUGAUGAAGGUGCUGCAUACGAGACAGACGGCAGUUGCCGCCUGCCUCAUGGCAGAUGCCAUGGAGAAUGAGAAAAUUCAGCGAAACCCAAAGAUAAAGAAGAGUCGCUAUGCGAACAACUAUACGCUCUUGUCGAAGACCUUGCAGGAGGAUCCCAGCUGCCAGCUUUGCUACAUCAUGCAAAAGUUAGUCCUGGAUGAGGGAGUGCAGCGCAUUGAGCAGAUAUUCAAGCGUGGCGAAGUGCCCCAUUUGAAUACGCUUCGGCAGGGUAUCAUUGUGCUGAGCCGUCAGUGGAAGAACACCUUGUACAAUCCCAUUUUGUUCGAGCAUCAGUACAAGAAUAAAUUGGCCCGACCGAUCAAUGUGACAUUUUCGUUUCCGCAAAACGAGGAGGAGUGCGAGGCGGAUGAGUGUGAAGGUGAUGUUGAAAUGGGCGCCUAUGCGGGCGUCGGCGAGCAUCCGGAAGAGAGUGAGAAUGCUUUAUUACUUGGGCAAACACAGCAUCAUCGAACUCACAUUGGUAUUCCUUUGAUUAACGCUGACAAUUCACAGUACGGAGGCAUGUCCUAUGCCCAGGAGGCGCAUCAUGGACCCGCAUCGCAGAGAUCGACUUCCACAUCGCCCAAUAUACAUCACACGCGUCGUGGUCUGGGCAAAGUGCACAGCAAAGCCUCGAAUUAUUCACAUGGCAAUUCGUCUCGUUCUAGCAUACAAAUGCUGCCCAUUAUAUCGGGCUUAGUGGAGAAGCAAGUGCCAGAGUUUGAAUAUGGCGCCUUGCAGGAGGGCUCGCUGAGCUCUACCAACUCGGUGAAUAAAUUCUGGCUGGGCGCUGAGAAUCACAAGGAAGAUUUGUACUUCUGGAUGGCCAAGCAGCAGGACAACAACAAAAAGAAAGAGAAUUCAGCUGAGAAGGAGCAUGCUCGUCCAGCUCCACCCAAGUUCCAAGGUCAGCCACAGGCGAGAAGUACCAUCAUGCAGGACUCCAUCAAGCUGCUGGAUGCGCAUUUAAUCUUCGAGCCGCUGCUCACGUGCUUGGGCGUAAUGCCGCAGCAAAUGAUCAACAAGUUCUCAAACGCCGACAUCUCUUCGCUGGAAAACUUUGGCACUAAUCUCUCACUCAUUGGCACCUUCGAUUCGAUACGCGUCGACAUUGUGGUCAGCGAGGCUGGCGAUAAGAAGAACAAUACGAAUACUAAGCCGGCCAAGUUGAGUAAGAAAUCGAAUGGGGGACGUGCCUCUAUCAUGAUGGAUACGCCGCUCUUCUUGUGUGAGCGUGUGGGCGUCGAGCUGGAGGUGUUGAAAAUGUCCGACGGCAUGGUGGAUCAGGCGCGCCAGAAUGUCAUCUACAUGUCCAGGCGACAGCUCAAGAAGCACACGAGCACCGUCAUCAACUUCAGUCUCAAUGUGCGCUUCAUUUCGCAGCAGGUGAAUAUGCCGCUGCUGCGACUGCUGCAUCAGAUAUGCAACAUGUACCAGAAUGUGAAGGAUGCCCAGAACGAGUUCCACGAGCAUCCCGAUCUGAGCAAGAAGAGCCACACCAAAGAUGAGUGCAGUCUGGCCUCCGAGCCAACGGACUUGCUGCCCUUUUCGGAUCGUUUUGCUGGCCAUGGCGAGAGCUUUUCGGAUGAGCGCUAUGACAAGUUUAACGAGACCAUGCCCACAAUGCCAGCUGGUCGUAGUCGUCCCAUUAUACAGCUAACUCCUUCGCCCAACGCCAAGAAUCGGCCGCAGAGCUUCGCGCAAAAGCUGCGCUCCACGGGCAAAUCCGUCAAGGGCAAACUGGGCUACACGAAUCUAAAUGAGUCCAGCUCUUCGCCCCUGAGGGACAGCCCCACAAUGUCGUUCCACGAGCAGCACAUCAUGAAGCUAACCACGGAGUCGAAGGCUUCGCUGAAUGGUGGCUGUGCGACGAGCGUCAGCGGGGAUUACAAUAACACGCUCACCAAAUCAGCGCCGCUGCUGGAGACGCCCAACUGCUGGAAGACAAUCUAUCAUCUGCUCGAGCUGUAUGGCACCAUGCCGGAGACGAAGACAGUGGCGCAACGGAGUUCGCUGAACGAGCAUAAGAAGGCGCCGCCCAGCUUCGGUAAUAAUGAUGACGACGAUUUGACGAACGCCCCAACUCCGCUGCCACAACAUCGCGAGAUGCUGCUGGUGGAUGGGGUGCCGCCGGAGCGCACGCGCCUCAUUGUCUUCGGCGUGGCCAAGAUACACAAGACGCGAUUGUUGGCCACGCUGUCCGGCCUUAAGCUGGAGUCGGAGAUCACCACAUUGAAUAGCACGGCUACGUGGCGAAAGAAGGCCAGACCUGUCUCAUUGGAGUGCUCGCUCACUGGACAGGUGGGUCGGGCUAUGAUCGUGCUACUCGAGGGCGUGGCGCCCAGCCAGCAAACCGUUGUCAAGGUCACAGUGGGCAAGAGCCAGACGCUCUACUCGAGCCUCUCGAAGCGUGGCAAGGACAAGAACAGCGGCCUGCUCUCGAUUGGACCCGUGAACAUAGACAUACCGCAGCAUCCAGUGGCUCUGCACGGCAUGAUGACGCGCAGCUCGAAGCAGCUGUCGUCCACGCUGCAGGAGCUGCGCGUGAAACGCAACUCGGGUAGAUCUACGCUGCGGUCCCAUACGGCCGAGGAGCCAGAUUCGCCCUUCCAUGCGCGCAAUUCGGGCGGCGCGGCCAGCGGCGUGGGCACGGCCAGCGAAAUGCGUCAGAGAACUAUCUCGGGCGGUGCCCAGCAGCAGCAACAAUUUGCAGCGAGACGCGCUGCACGCCUGGCCCAAUCCAAGCCGGCGACGGCAUCGAAUGGUCUGCUGCAGCCGCUGGUCAUGCAGUUCAAUGUGCUGCUGCAAAGUCUGUCCAUAAAUGCGGCGCUGCUGCCCUCGCUGCAGGCGCAGUAUCGCAUGAAUCACGUCAGCUCGAUGGGCGUUACGGGUCAGCGGGCAAAGUUUGUCAUCGAUUUGCCCACGCACACGCUGAGCUUUAACACCAAGAUACAGAACGAAAUGAAUCUGCCCUCGGAGGCGUGCAUUGGCCUGCCACCCGUGCAUGUUGUGGCUGAAUAUAUACCGGACAAUCGGCAGGAGCAUACGGAGAGCAUUGAGGGCAUCGUCUUGCGGCAGGGCGGCUAUGUGAAUGCCAGCGCUGAGAUUGGCGAGUUCGAGCGGUGCCUGACCACAGAUCUGCUCAAUCACUUGGUCUUCGUGCAGAAGGUGUUCAUGCGAGAGAUCAACGAGGUGCUCCAAAAGGUCUAUGGCGGGGAGAAGCCAGUGCCCCUGUGGACCGAGGAGAGUGGCGAUAAUGCCAGCGUCCAGGAGUCGACGCUAAAACGCAUACUAUUCUCCAUCAACAUAUCGAUGAAGCGCAUACAACUAACAGCCACCACUCCGUGCUCUUCAGCUGUGCGCUUUGAGACGGGCACCUUGGAAUUGCAGCUCUCGAAUCGUGUCAAGAAUUUGGGUGACAUGAGCAAUCGUAAAAUGUUCUUCAAGGCGCACAUCGACUUUAAUUUGUCACUUGGCCAGAUCAUUAGGAACGUGAUCUUUGAUGAGGCGGAGCCAGAGUUUCAGCAAUAUGCCUUUUUCCAUACGACCAUCGGUCUGCGUAACGCCUUCCAGGAUGAGCUGCUCAAUGAGGAUAAAGAGCUCAUAUUGCUGACGCUGAAGCGUCCCCUGGUCUACGUACAGCCGAUAGCAGUGGACAAGGCCAUAUUGGUCUGGUUGAACUACAAGAAUGCCUACGAAUAUUGGGCCGAGAAGCGUGCGAAUCUCUGCUACGAGCACACAGCCCAAACCACUCAGCAGGUCUUCGAUCGCGUGGCCUUUGGCCAAAUAGCCAGCUCCAAUUUGUCAACAUUAUUCCUCCAACUGACUGUGGAGGACAUGGGCAUCUGCUUGCCCCUAAAGCAAGUCAAUGCAAUGUCCUUUGGCUCGCGUUCGUACCAGGACUUUGAUGCCAAAGGCGCUGUGGUGAUCACCUUGGAGAACACCAUCAUCUCGGCCUGCAAUUCGGGCUCCCUGGUCUCCAAGGGCAAAUUUCAGGGCCUCUGCUUGCGCUUUGCAGAUGACUUCGAGACCAAUCUGGAUGACUGGAAGCCGAGCAGCGUGGAGCCCAUUAUGAAUGUCUGCGUCGUCUCUGAGGGCACCUUCGAGGUGUGCUCCCGCACGACGGCCGCAAAGAAGGGCGAGAACGCCAAGUGGCUGCUGAAUGUGAAGUGGCAAAUGGAGGGCGUGGACAUUCACCUGGAUGUGAACAUUGGCAAGCAGCUGUCCUCGCUGGGCCACACGCUCACCAUGCUCACGGGCUUCGAGGAGGACGACACGCAAAUGGAAUCACCCGAUAGCGAUGAGGGCGAUCAGAGCAGUCGGGAUACGUAUGUGCGCAGGCGGGCUGAAUUCGAUAAUCUGCCCGCGUUUGUGUUCGAUCCCACAAUCGACUCGAAGAAGCGCUCGUUCAUGAUGGAAAAGGAGAUGGCGGAGCAGCUGAAGAUCAUCAACGAUUUGCGUACCUUGGGCGCCUCGCACAAUACGGUUGCCCACGAGGAGCGACGCCUGCAGGAGCUGCAGGCCAUUUGCUACAAGUACUUCCGUCGCGACAUGAUACAGAAGUGGCGGAAGCCCUCGCUGCGGCGAUCUCUGAAGAACUACGGUCGCUCGCAUUCGUACAUAGGCACUGGAGGCGUGCCAGGCGUGCCGCCAGCUAGGGAGCUGCCACUGGAGAAUGGCAGCAGCCACAGCUAUGCGGGCAGACGGCUGGACACGAUUGCCUCCAAUGAUGAAAUCUCGAGCCUGCAAAGCACGCCCGCCUCCUGUCACUCGCGCAGCGCCUCGUUCAAGACGGGCGUGGGUCGCGUGACCUUCACAGAUGCCAUGCGUCAGACGUCGCUGCCGAAUGCCGACACCGACACGGAGACGGCUGACAACGAGCUGGACUGGCGCGGCGGCGUCCAUGGCGACUGCACGCCCAGCGAAAUGGACGUCGACGGCACCUCGGUGGAGAUGCGACGCAAGCAUGCCCAUGCCCAUGCCCAGAAGCAGCAGCCGGAGCCGAACAUCGACUUCGAGCUGGAUGUCAAGGUGCUCGUCAAUUCGGGCAAGUGUGUGCUCCACACCAAGGAGAACAACAGCGGCGAGGAGCGCGCCGCCUAUGCGGCUGGCGGAGCAGCCGCCUCCAGUGUGAAGUCGCACAAGCGCGAGCGCAGCAUUGGCAACGACUGGGGCAGCCCGACGCCGUCGCGUCGCCAGCGGGACAAGAGCAAGCUGCGCUUCAAUGCCAGCACGCAUAAUAAUGCGCUGCUCGCCGAUCUCACCAUCUUCCACAUACCCGGCCUGGACGUCAAGCUGCACUAUCAGUCCCGCACGCUAGUGGACGCCACGGAGCAGCCGGCGACGCCAGCCAACGCCUUGGCUGUGCCGCAUAUGCGACGCUUGGGCAACAAACGCGCCACGCUGAGCGCCUGGAUGACGCUGCAGAGCAUACCGGAGGAGACCAUCAUCUCGCCCCACAUACUCGAGUUCCUCGAGCAAACGCUGGAGCCGAUUCCAGCGCGACAGGCGAACAGUGCGCCCGCCACGCCCUCGCAUACCGCAGCCGUUAAUCUGGAUAUUUUGCCGGCGAAUUAUGCGACCUAUGCCUCGUUCCCCGUUGACGUCAUCGUCUACUUCCACAUGCAGCCGUCCACGUUUCGAUUCAGCUGUCUGCCCGUCUCGCGAGUCGAGUGCAUGCUGCAGCUGCCCAGCUUGGAUAUUGUGUUCAGCUCGAAGCGCAGCGGCGAGGAGCAGGAGCAGCAGCAGCAGCAGCAGCAGACGCCGCACUCAAGUCAAAGCCAUGCGGAUCAACAGCUGCCCACGGGCGGGCUAAGUGUGACCGGCUGCCUGGCGGACUUCAAUGUCUACAUCUUCCAUCCGUAUGGCGGCAAGAAGACCUCCAAGGAGACCCAGUUCUCGCCACUGAGCGACAGCGAGCGCAAGGACUCGCUCAGCAUCAAUGUGGAGUUUGUUAAAUUUCACAUCACGCGCUGCCGCAAGGUGUACAUUGAGCCACUGCCGAGCUCGAAGCGGGCGCUGGAUCAGUCCCGUGCCGUGAUACGCUUCUCCACCAUUGUGGACAUUGGCAGCGCGAGCUUCAAGUACGACAUGCGGCGGCUCACCGAGAUCUUGGCCUUUCCCAAGGCCUGGUAUAGGCGGCGCAUUGUACGGCGUCUCUUCCUGGGCGAUCUCAGCGUGCACCAGCAGCAGCAGCAACAGGCGGGCGCUGAGACGCCCACGCCAGCGACGCCAACGCCCACGCCCAGCGAGGGUCGCAGCAAGGAUAAGCUGCGCCUGGACUUCGAGGGUCAGCAGUCGCAGCAGCAGCUGGGCCACUUUGGGGCCGUGCGCAAGCUGAAGUCGCUGGGUAAAUCGUCCAGCGCCGAGUCCUCUGGCACGCCGCCCUCGGAGAAGAACCAGAUAACUGCCUGGGAGACGUUGGUCAUCUUUGCCGUCAACUUCACCAAGCUCAACGUCCAGAUGAACAUUGGCAACGUGUGCGGCAACGUGGUGUGGCUGACCAAGGACUUCCGCUCGGACGGGCGCCUGUCCAUAGGCAGCACCGGGUACAAGAACAUGUAUGCGGGCAUCUAUUUGGGCGGCUCGGCGCUGGAUGCCAAGGGCGGCAUUGUGGGCGGCAGCUUCGAGGUGAACAAGAUCAAUAAGCGCUUCCACAUCAAGGAGGAAGCGGGCAUGGAACCGUAUCAUACGCUGGGACUCAGCUUUAUGGCGCUGGAGCUGCGCCUGGACUACAUGGGCACCUCGGUCCUGAUGACGCGCAUCAGCACCUUCGCCGCGGCCAUGAAGGACGAGUGGCGCACGGCAUCGCAGGCUGCUGCCUGCGGCAAGGAUCAGCCGGGUGCUCUGAUCUUUAUACACGGCGAUCUCAGCUGGGAUCAAUUGCAGAUCAUGAUAUCGAAGUCGACGACGGCGGACCUUAUGAAGAUGUACUUCAAGCUCGAAGAGUUCUUUACGCAGCAGUUCAAGUCCUCCAAGCGCGUUUUCUCCAGCCUCGAGCCGCGUCUCCAGGAUCGCACGGCGAGCAUCAAGCGGCGCCAGCAGCUGAAGAAGAAGCCCAAUGGCGAGCUACCACCAGCUGCGGCUGCUCCCAGCCUAAGUGGGGUGGAGAAUACGGAUGCACGUCAUCAUCGCCACUGGCAGAAGCCGCUGGCCCAGGCCAUUGGGCUGGUGGUGCCGUCGCUGGUCACCCGCCUGCCUCGCCAUGGCAACGUGCUGGGCGGCACCGUGGAUCUGCGUGGUCAGAACAUUUCGCUCGCCUGCUUCCACGGCAUCAACUUCAAGUCGAAGGCUUGGGCGCUGUUCAGUCUGAAGUCGCCCUCCAUUAAUUUCACAACUGAGGCGCGCCAGCUGGAGGACUCCAGUGAGGUGCACGUCACACAGACCCUCACCUCCUGCCUGGGCCAGACGACGGAGGUGCAGCAGCAGCAGAACCACUCCAUGGCCAUCGUCAGUCGCAUCACACGCAACAUUAUCUUCCCACCUCAAUUCAAGACCCUCAACGAAUGGUUCCACUAUGCAUUCGCCAACAGCGAAAUUGACGCCGUGGAUCGCUUCCCCAUGCUGGAGUGCGAGCGCGAGAUAGCCUCCAAUUCGAUUGAACGCACGCGUGCCUCGGGCAGCAGCAGCUCGGCCAAAUCGCAGGAGCACAAUCACAACCGCGAGGUCAUCUUCGCGCUGCCCAGCCUGCAGCUGUAUUUCAAGACCGAGCACAAGCAGGGCAACACCACGCCAGAGCCAACUGAAACGAAACCUGAAGUCUUGUGCAGCUUCAUUACCGAGUUCGAUGAUCACAUAUUUGUCACUGUGGACGCCGACGCGUUUUUCUUUUUGCAUGAUCUAAUCACAUCGUAUGUGACUGAGAAAGAGAAAGUGCUCGGCGCUCAAUCGGCGCGCGCCGCUUCGCCAAAUCUGUCGCAAAAGGCGAACCUGAAGCCCUUCAUAACUGAUGACAUACUCAAGGAGAAGAAGGGCGCCUCCAAUACGAAUUUGACUGUGCAGAACCAGCAGCUGAGUGGCAGCAAGAGCAGCCUGGAGCCACUGCAGGGCAGUCAUACGAAUCUGAAUACGGCAACGACUACUGCCACAGCAGCGAACGCUGCGACAACAGCAACAACUGCGACAACGACAGCAGCAACAACGGCAGCAACUACAACGCAGCCAACGACAGCAGCAACUGCAGCAACAGCAGCAAAUGCAGCUGCGAGCGAUAUUAAGGACGGCAGUGCACAGCCCAAGGCUGGCACAGAAGCCAAUGCACAGCUGCCCAGCUUUGAUAUUGAGUCCUUUGUGCGGGAUUGGCGACACUUUGACUGCCAGACCUGGCAUCUAGAGCCGACGGUACGACUGCUCUCCUGGGCGGGGAAAUCCAUCGAGCCAUAUGGCGUGGAUUAUAUACUGAAUAAGCUCGGCUUUAGUCAUGCACGCACCACCAUACCCAAGUGGCUGCAGCGCGGCUUCAUGGACCCACUGGACAAGGUGGAGGCGCUGAUGAUGCUGCAGCUGCUGUUGAUGGUGCGCGAGAAUAAAUCGGAGGCUGGCCAAUCGAAACAGCAGCAGCAGCAGCAACAGAAUCAUAAUCGACCAGCUCCUUGAGAGCAACUCAGCCAUGACAAUUGACCAAUUCGUAUGUCGAUUAAUAAUUAGCUUUAUUCGCAUUGUAUAUCGAUCUUGUAAUAUUUGUAAUUUGUGUGAUUUGUGUAACGAUUUCUUGAUCUAGCAUCUCUAUGUUUUGCAUAGUAAAUUGUUUAAUUAGACUCAAGUUAUUCGUAUUAUUAAUAUUAAUACUAUCAUUAGCUAAUCGGGCAGCCUCUGUUAAAUUGUAAAUUGUUUGCCCGCUUCUAUAUACAGAUAAAUAUUUAAAACUAUUAUUAUAUUAUAAAAUACUUCGAUUUAGGGGUCUAAAGUCAAGUGCUUCGCGUAAUUUGCUCAAUUUUUAGCGCUUUGUAAUUAUCGUAUUGUUUUUAAACUGAUUGUGCAAGAGCAAAGUUCAUGUUUAAACUAUAAGUAGCAAUAAUUUAUAUACAUAAACGCAUAUUCUAUAACUUUCAACAGAACUGUGUACGUUUCUAAAUAGAUAAUAAAAAUUACUCUGCAAUGGGAAAA